AUGUCAGCACUACUCAGAACUGUACCACGUUUUACUAGAACUUCUUUGAUCGCUAGUCAAUUGAGAUUGCAAUUGAGAGGUUAUGCAUCUUCAUACCCACCACAUACUAUUAUUGGUAUGCCAGCUUUGUCUCCUACAAUGUCUCAAGGUAACCUUGCUGCUUGGUCUAAGAAAGUAGGUGAUCAAUUGGCUCCAGGUCAAGUGAUCGCAGAGAUUGAAACAGAUAAAGCUCAAAUGGAUUUUGAGUUUCAAGACGACGGUUAUUUGGCUAAGAUUCUUGUACCAGAAGGAACUAAGGAUAUCCCGGUCAAUAAACCUAUUGCUGUUUAUGUUGAAGAUGCGGCUGAUGUUUCAGCCUUUAAAGAUUUCACUGUGAAGGAUUCCAAACCUGCUCCAGCUGUAGAAAAUAUUAAGGAAAAAUUAGAACCAUCAACUAAGGCUACCUCAAAUGUUUCUUCUAUGAAAACCAAAUCGGGUUCUGAAGUUACUAAGAAUAAGGCAUCUUCUUCAACUGGAAAUCAUGGAGGUAGAAUUUUCGCUUCACCAUUGGCAAAGACUUUGGCUUUGGAACAUGGUAUUGCCUUAAAGAAUGUAACAGGUACUGGUCCAAAUGGUAGAAUUAUUAAGAACGAUGUUGAACAAUUCUUAGAAACUCAACAGCAAGAACCUUCCAUUUCCAAUGCAGCAUCUGAAACUGCAACUAAACAAGCAGUUGUAAGUCCAUCAUCAGCACCAGCUGCAUCUACUACUGCUUCUUAUGAAGAUGUUCCAAUUACUACAAUGAGACAAAUUAUCGCGGAUCGUCUUUUGCAAUCAACUAGCACAACCCCAUCAUAUAUUGUUUCCUCAGAUAUAUCUGUUACUAAACUGUUAAAAUUAAGACAAUCUCUGAACUCUACUGCACAAGACAAAUAUAAGAUAUCUAUUAAUGAUAUCCUUAUUAAAGCCAUUACUGUGGCAGCUAAGAGGGUUCCGGAUGCUAAUUCAUACUGGUUGGCUAACGAGAAAGUUAUAAGAAAGUUUAAGAAUGUUGAUGUGUCUGUUGCAGUUGCUACUCCAACUGGUUUAUUGACUCCAAUUGUAAAGAACGCAGAAUCUAAAGGGUUAAUCGAGAUCUCUAAUGAAGUUAAGGAAUUGGCUAAACGUGCAAAGAUAAAUAAACUAACCCCAGAAGAAUUCCAAGGUGGGACUAUAUGUAUAUCUAAUCUAGGAAUGAAUUCGGCAGUGUCUAUGUUUACAUCUAUUAUCAAUCUACCACAAUCCACUAUUUUGGCUAUUGCUACUGUUAAGAAGGUCGCUAUCCCAGAUGCUACCGCUGAGAAUGGUUUCUCAUUUGAUGAUCAAGUUACUAUAACCGGAACAUUCGAUCAUAGAACUGUAGAUGGUGCCCAAGGUGGUGAAUUCAUGAAGCAAUUGAAGCAAGUUAUUGAAAAUCCACUAGAAUUAUUGUUAUGA